AGUGUUUGUCCUCAGUUUCUUUUUCUUCUCCAUGAGUUUCUCUCUUGGGGUGGUGAGAACGGAGAAUACGUUUUGGUUAUCCACUGGUGUCGUAUCAAGCUAAACAUGGAGAGUAAAGUUGCUCGAAGGAAGUCUUCCAAAGGUGAGAGGCGCACAUCAGAGACCGAUUCUUUGGAAUAUAAAAGACGAGAGUAUUUGAAGGACAAACUGAAAGAGAAGGUGGAGCAUGAGCGCAGGGCACUGCAACUGGUGGAGCUCCUAUCAGAAGCUGCUGUAUCCGAAGACUUUCUUAUUAAUUGUGCUCACUUGAUCACUGCUGAUAACUACAAGGAUGUUGUGGAGGAAAGAGCCAUUGCCAAGCUCUGUGGUUACCCCAUUUGUCUGAACAAACUUGAUAGUGUACUCAAGCAAAAAUAUAAAAUUUCCACCAAGACAAAUAAAAUUUACGACAUCACCGAGCGAAAGUGCUUUUGCAGCAACUUCUGUUAUAAAGCCUCAAAAUGGUUUGAAGUUCAAAUAUUGAAGACACCCCUAUGGCUUAGAGAGGAUGAGAGACCUCCUGAUGUGAAACUAAUGAAGAAACAAGACGGAGGUAGCUCAGGGCUUGAAGUAAUGCUGGUGGACAGGCCAGUGAAAGAAGCUGAUAUUGAGAGUCCUGUUCUCCCAGGAACCCACCAGUCUGCAAUCUAUAUCAACAGCAGUGAUGAUGGGAAUGAGGAGAGUUUAAUUUCCAAAACCUUAACAAAGUGUCAUCUAAGGGUACAUUGGGGAGAGGUUUUCCAAGACUCGGGAGACAUUCAAGGAGCUCAAGCUGAAAAAGAGAGACCGCUUUCAUGUAUCCGUCACCAUCCAAAUGAAUCUGAAACAGCAGCCAUGCAGGUUGUAUCUUUUGCCAACUGUAGUCAGGAGAUUGCAGAGGAAUGCCGAAAUGCAGACUAUGAGGUUGAGGAGAAAUGUUUUGCUACACCAUUUCUUGACAAGACUUCGAGUCUCAUACAGAUAACAAAUGAGACCGACCCUGCUGUAAUCCAAAUCAGUAUGAUCAAAGCAGGUGUGGCUGAAUUGCAAGACCAACAUUUUGGAAUAACCAAACGUGAAACCACAUCGAUCAAGCUCAAUUUGAGGGAGCGCCUAAAGCAUACCCUUUUGGAAUGGAAGACAGAUGAAACCAUGAUGUUUUUGUAUGGAUCCAAUUAUGCCAUGGCGGACCUUUACACUCGGCAACAUGAAGAGGACUUAGAUGAAGAUGACAUUCAGGAGACUUCAGAAGGGAGCUUGUGUUCUACUGGGGGGACAGAGAGGCCUACAACCCCAGCUCUGGACUGUGCUACACUUUGCAGGGCAACUCCUGCAGUAGAUGUCAAAUUCAAAGAAUUGACCACAGAAUGUUGUCUUCCCAAAGAUUCACACAAAGGCACUGACAACCAAGAUGUUACCUGUGAGGCCAGAAGCUCCAAGGACCCUAUUCUCCCAUUGGUGGAUUGCCAUUCACAACAUGUUAUCCAAAAACGCAUAAUAGUGGAGAGGCUCAGUAGAAGCCUGAGGAAUAUUGUGGGUCCCUUACAUCUUACUAUGAGAGAUAUCUCCAGUGACCUAAACAAUCUAGUUAGGACUUUAAGGCUUUCCAAUACCAACAUCAUCCACAGAGGCCCAGAAUGGACAGUGAUUGCUGUAAUAUUCCUUCAUGUCUUAAGCAAAGUGUCUCCACUACUGAGGGAGAGUUUGACCUGUCCAUCAGCAAAGGAGUUCAUAUUGUUUCUCAUGAAAGAAGUACAACUGACUGAACAGGACCUACACGGCCUCAUUAGAGUAUUCUACCCCCAAGCUGAAUUCCACCAGUAAUGCCUUCAGAGACCAGAAGUACUACUAUUCACCAGGAUUUACCAUCAGAUCUCCCAAUCAGAACUUUGGGAACACGUAUUGACCAUACGUUGAAAGAGAAUUCAAAUGAUAUAAAAGUGAGACAUGAGACAUGAGACACAUAUUUAAUCACAUAGCUUAGAAAGUCUGAUCGACCCAUUGUCAUGCUUGUGAGAAUAUUCUGUAUUUUUUUUUAAAUAAAAUGAAUGUUUUAUGUGCCUUCUUGACUGGAA